GACCGCGGACACUACCUACCAGGUAAUCUACUACUACUGUAUAUUCACUGCAACUCAUCAGCCUGCAGUGAGGUUGAUAGUGUUGUGCUACUACUAACUUCAGGUACUAGGCACCUGAUUCACUCUCGCCGUACUCCUCACCUAUAUACAACUGUACCGCAGGCCCAAGGCAACGGACAGACCUGCAAUUUUCCAAUCGAGCAGCUGAGCUCAUCCCGUCGAGCGCUGCAGGCUGCCAGUGCCGUCUCUAUCUACAUAGUACUACUAGUAUCUCUCUAUCACACACGCUCUCGCACUCUCUAUUCCUGCUCUGUUCUCCCGUCUCAUCUCCUCCUCAUCGGCAUCGAAGUCGCAUCUCACAUCCCCACAUCUCACAUCUCGCACACCGAGCGACAAACAAGACAACAAUGUCGACGGCCAAAAUCGCAAAGACGAUAGCCCGCCAGAAGGAGAAGAUCGCAGAAGGCAACUUCUACGAAGCCCAUCAACAACUCCGAGUCAUCACGGCGCGCUACCUCAAGGCCCACGACUACGCGUCCGCCAGCGAUGUCUUGCACACUGGAUCUUUGAUGUUACUGCGGGCGGGCCAGGGCGGUUCCGGCGGCGAUUUGGCCCUGAUGCUGCUGAACGACGUCUAUGUCAAGGGCGAGUGGGUGUGUAACCAGGAAAAUAAGAGUCGGCUGGUGGAAAUCUUGCGUGCGUUUCCGACGGGCGAGCCGACGAGAAAGAGAUUUAUUACUGAAAUGGUUGCUUGGUCGGCCAAGUUUGGGGACAUCGAGAGGGGCGAUCCGGAGCUUCAUUUUGAGGCGGGCAAGGUUUAUGCUGAAGAAGGAGAAGUCUACGACGCCGAACGACACUUGAUUCUAGGUACGCGCGAGUCGGCCCCUAUCCUCGCUUCACUGCAUUACAACUGGUAUCGGCUCGACCAGCCGCACCUGGCGGCCAUCUACGCGUCGCGCUCCGUCCUGCCAUACUUGCUGGUUGGCGACCUGGCGUCUGCCAACCAAGCCCUCAGCACUUUUACCUCACACCUGACCACGUCGAACCCGGCUCUACUCGCCAUGUCGCAGCCUCUGGAGUCGAGCAAGUCCGGCUUGAGUCUGCGCGUGUUCCCGUCCAUUCCGCUCCUCAAUUUCCUGGCGUUGCUGCUGCUCGCGGCCCAAAAGGCCGACGCCGGUCUGUUCCGCCAGCUGGCAAAGUACUACGCCUCCCAUCUCAAGGACACCGAAGGUCUCUGGAGCGACGCUCUUGCCAAUAUCGGCGACAUCUGGUUCGGCAUCCGUCUGCCUAGACAGGGUGGGAAUCCGCUGUUUGAUAUGAUGGGGAGUAUGUUGUUCGGCGGCGGCGGCGGUGCAGCCAGUAGUCCUGCUGCCAAAGCUGGCACGCCGAAACUUCCGCCUGCUGCAAAGGAGAUUGAAAAGCCGCCUACCAUGGAUCUGGAUUGAGUAACAUUGAGCGACAAUAGAGGUUAUAUCAGCCUCUAUUAGUUGUUGUUGUUGUUCUAUUUGUUGAUGUGAUCUUUCUCCGUGGCUAAUUUAGCCAAGGAACGGCUGGAUGGAUGGGGUUUGAACCUGGUCUUCAGUGCGCCGGCAGUUCAAAUCAUACAAAGAACAGAGACACCAAAGAACACACACCACUAGCUGACUUUUUGGUCAUUUUUGUUCCUGCCAGUAUUGUCAUUUUCCCCUUAGGUACCUAACUGUUACUGGGUCUGGUUGUGGUGGGCUGGUCAAUCAAUCAUACACUCCAAUCUCAUCCCUUCCAGCAGCCCCAAAGCCCAUGCCGGUGGUCGAUGACUCGCCAAACAUCCAGGCCUCUUCCUCGGCGCGCGCAACUUCUCGCCCGAGACUGCCCA